UCGCGCGGUGUGGGGGCCCCUAUGGCUGGUGCAGAGAGAGGGCACGGGGGGCACUUGGUUCUCCAGGACGGUGGGUGAGGUUGUUCAUCGCUGACUCCACGAAUGCUUACCCACAUCUGGGGAUACGGGUCCAGCCCGAGUCCCUCCCCUCGGGUCAGACAGAAACUCCUGCUCUGGUCACCCGGUUCUCUUGGAAGCAGCGUUCACGGCCGCAGAGGCCUGGACUUGCUUGUCUCAGCCUUGCCCUUGCCAGGUCUAAUUCCCGAAAGCCUCAGCUUCUCCAGACGGCCCUCUGCGUUAUAGGUCGUGCUUCUCAUCUCUGCAUGGCUUCUCUCCCAUUACAAUAGUCUUCGCUGCCUAGCUUCAUUUUUCCGAUGCUGGGAAUCGAAUCCCAGGCUUUUCACUUCCUAAGCAAGCGUUCUAACGCGGAGCCACAUCUUCCGUCCUUAUUUUGACCUGAACCCCCGAUUUUCCUUUGAAAUUAUCUAUACAGUAGGAAGCAUGCUCAUACUGAAUAAGACAGCUGGAGUUUUUUCCAAACUAUCAAAAAGGAAAGUUUAUGGAUUUUUAAGAACAUUUAAUUUUCAUCCUGGACCACAAUUUCUUCAUAAACUGGUACUGGGAAUUGAAACUAGCUGUGAUGAUACAGCAGCUGCUGUGGUGGAUGAAACUGGAAAAGUCUUAGGAGAAGCAAUACAUUCCCAGACUGAAGUUCAUUUAAAAACAGGUGGGAUUAUUCCUCCAGUAGCUCAACAGCUUCACAGAGAAAAUAUUGAACGGAUAGUACAAGAAGCUCUUUCUACCAGCAGAAUCUCUCCAAGGGAACUCUCAGCGAUUGCAACAACCAUAAAACCAGGACUUGCUUUAAGCUUAGGAGUAGGCUUAUCAUUUAGUGUACAGCUGGUAAAACAGUUCAAAAAACCAUUCAUUCCCAUUCAUCAUAUGGAGGCUCAUGCACUUACAAUUAGAUUGACUAACAAAGUAGAGUUUCCUUUUCUAGUUCUUUUGAUUUCUGGAGGUCAUUGUCUGUUGGCAUUAGUCCGUGGAGUUUCAGAUUUUCUGCUUCUUGGAAAGUCUCUGGACAUAGCACCUGGUGACAUGCUUGACAAGGUAGCAAGGAGACUUUCUUUAAUCAGACAUCCAGAAUGUUCCAUCAUGAGUGGUGGGAAGGCUAUAGAACAUUUGGCUAAACAAGGAAAUAGAUUUCAUUUUGAUAUCAAUCCACCUAUGCAACAUGCUAAAAACUGUGAUUUUUCUUUCUCGGGGCUUCAACAUAUUAUUGAUAAAAUAAUAAUGCAAAAGGAAAAAGAAGAAGGUAUUGAGAAGGGACAAAUCCUGUCUUCGGCUGCAGACAUUGCUGCUGCAGUCCAGCACACAACAGCAUGCCACGUUGCAAAAAGAACACAUCGUGCUAUUCUCUUUUGCAAGCAAAGAGACUUGUUACCUCACAGUAAUGCAGUAGUAGUUGUAUCUGGAGGUGUUGCAAGUAACUUGUAUAUCCGAAGAGCUUUGGAAAUUGUAGCAAAUGCAACACAAUGUACAUUGUUGUGCCCUCCUCCCAGACUGUGCACUGAUAAUGGAAUUAUGAUUGCAUGGAAUGGUAUUGAAAGAUUACGUGUUGGCUUGGGCAUUUUACAUGACACAGAUGGCAUCCGCUAUGAACCAAAAUGUCCUCUUGGAGUAGAUAUAUCAAAAGAAGUUGAAGAAGCUGCUAUAAAAGUACCAUCAUUAAAAAUGAAGAUUUGAUUUUUACUUUCUGAAAUUUUUCUACAGUCCAUUAAUCAGAAAGUUGUAACGCAGACAUAGAAGACAAAGGAAAAAAGAGGCAGUUUGACUAGAGGUGUGAUUGGAGUGAGGUGGAAUAAGCCAAAGAACAUCUUGAUCCACCAGAAGCUGGAAAAGACAAGAAACAGAUUCCCUUCUAGAGUCUUCUGAGGAAAUUAUGCCCAGCUUAUAACCUGAUUUUAAACUUCUAUUCUCCAGAAUCAUAAAAGGAUAAAUGUUGUUUAGAGCCACCAAAUUAUAAAUAAAUAAAUAAACAAAUAAAUAGUUGUGACUUAAAACA